AAAAAGCCGAAAAAUCACAGCAAGGCAAGCAAAGCAAAGCGGCGCAGCACAGCGAAGCAUUCCUUCCUUCCGCAUCUUGGGCAGCAGCGGCGGCCACCGCGAAUUCGCAUCGCUUCCCGCAUCUCCGUCCGCCGCUCCCUUUCCCCUCUCCUCUGCAACAGGAGGAGGCGGAGGAGCGGGCCGAGGAGGAGGUCAGGAGGGAGCAACCGCCGCGCAAGCCUGGAAUCUUCGGGCCCGGGGAGGCUGCUACAAAUGGCCGCUGCCGAGGGAAGCGGGAAAGGCCUGGAGGGAGGAGGAGGAUCAGAAGCCUCCGAGGCACCCAACGGCGACCUCUCCGCCGACAACUCCGACCCCACCACCGCAGCAGCAGCCGCACCCAUGGCCUCGUCCUCGUCUUCCGCAGACAACGGAAACCUCCAUCGAUCAAGCACUAUGCCAGGAGUGAUCAAGGAUGCUGAAAUAACAAAUGAAACGUUGGCACCAUCAAAUCUGGAAAGGUCAAGAACCGAGAGACGCCGGCAAAACAACCCAGCUGAUGAUCCCGCUAAACAGUUAUUGGAUGAUAAGAUUUCAAUACGAAAAAAGCUCAAAAUGCUAAAUCGGAUAGCUACAGUGAAAGAUGAUGGAACUGUGGUUGUUGAUGUACCAAGUACUCUGGAAGCGACUCCAGUUGAUGCUGGAGCGGAGGAUGGCUAUUGUGAUGUUGCUGUUGACGAAUCAUUGGAUGGAGCAGAUAUACCGUACAGGCCUCCAAUGCAGAUUGUUAUACUUAUCGUGGGCACAAGGGGAGACGUUCAGCCAUUUGUUGCGAUAGGAAAACGCUUACAGGACUAUGGACACCGUGUGAGAUUAGCCACCCAUGCCAACUAUAAGGAGUUCAUACUAACAGCUGGGCUGGAAUUUUUUCCACUUGGCGGAGAUCCAAAAAUACUUGCUGAAUACAUGGUGAAAAAUAAAGGAUUCCUGCCUUCAGGUCCAUCAGAAAUUCCUAUUCAAAGAAAACAGAUGAAAGAAAUUAUAUUUUCCUUGUACCCUGCAUGCAAGGAUCCUGACCCCGACACCGGCGUUCCUUUCAACGUGGAUGCAAUUAUUGCUAACCCACCAGCAUAUGGACAUACACAUGUGGCAGAGGCAUUAAAAGUACCCAUUCAUAUAUUCUUUACCAUGCCAUGGACGCCAACUAGUGAAUUUCCUCAUCCUCUUUCUCGCGUGAAGCAAUCAGCUGGAUAUCGACUUUCUUACCAAAUUGUUGAUUCUAUGAUUUGGCUUGGGAUAAGGGAUAUGAUAAAUGAAUUCAGGAAAAAAAAGUUGAAGCUGCGUCCAGUAACAUACCUAAGUGGUGCACAGGGUUCUGGAAAUGACAUUCCUCAUGGAUACAUCUGGAGUCCUCAUCUUGUCCCAAAACCAAAAGACUGGGGCCCCAAGAUUGACGUUGUUGGAUUUUGCUUCCUCGAUCUUGCUUCUGAUUACGUACCUCCUGAAGAACUUGUGAAAUGGCUGGAAUCUGGUGACAAGCCCAUUUACAUUGGUUUUGGUAGCCUUCCAGUUCAAGAUCCAGCAAAGAUGACUGAAACCAUUGUCCAAGCACUCGAAAUGACUGGACAGAGAGGUAUCAUUAACAAAGGUUGGGGUGGCCUUGGAACCUUGGCAGAACCAAAAGAUUUUGUAUAUGUGCUUGACAACUGCCCUCAUGACUGGCUUUUCCUGCAGUGUAAGGCAGUGGUGCACCAUGGUGGUGCUGGAACGACAGCUGCCGGCCUCAAAGCAGCGUGCCCGACAACUAUUGUACCAUUCUUUGGGGACCAACCAUUCUGGGGAGACCGGGUGCAUGCUAGAGGGGUAGGGCCUCCGCCUAUACCAGUUGAUCUGUUCAGUUUGCAGAAGUUGGUCGAUGCUAUAAAAUUCAUGUUGGAGCCAGAGGUGAAAGAAAGGGCUGUGGAGCUCGCCAAGGCAAUGGAAUCUGAAGAUGGUGUGACCGGCGCAGUUAGGGCAUUCCUCAAACAUCUACCUUCAAGAACAGAGCAAAAUUCACCCCGGCCACCAUCGGGCUUCCUAGAGUUCCUAGGCCCUGUCGGUAAAUGUUUGGGUUGCUCUUAGAUGCUGAUAACGUACAGGAUUACAGGUAUCCACCCUUCCUGUUGAAAGAAAAGCCUAAAGAGGUUAUCAGAUGACUUGCUGCGCUGUUUUGUAGCAAAGGAAGGUCGAAGCCCAAUGUAAAUAGUUGAAGAAUAGAGAUGACUGGGCCGGGAGUGUGUGAUUUUUCGUCUUGCGUUCCUUUUCUUUUCUUUUCAGUUUUUAUGUUGUGUAAUGAGUGCUCGUCCGUCUUUUUUUAGAUGCUUGUCCGGCAAUUUGAUACAUCAUUUUGACAUGCAUGCAACCUUGCCCUGCAGCAAUCGAUGAUCAAACCUGUAUAUGAGAAAACUUGAAAGAGGCUGUGCAUAUAGUUCAAUUACUCCUGGCACAGUGAUUUGAUUUGAAA